AUGAUUGUUCCUGUGAGAUGUUUUUCCUGCGGCAAAGUCGUGGGCGACAAGUGGGAGGCUUACCUAAAUAUGCUACAGGAAGAUGAGCUUGAUGAAGGAACCGCUCUUUCGAGACUAGGAUUGAAGAGAUACUGCUGCAGAAGAAUGAUUCUGACACAUGUCGACCUUAUUGAAAAGUUUUUGAGAUACAACCCCUUGGAGAAGAGAGAUUAG